UUAAAUAAAAAUAAACUGUGGCACUAAAUUAAUAAAAUAUUACAAAUAGUUUAUUAAUCUGGCCUUUAUUAUUGACUAUUGAGCAAUGUGUCCAAAUUCUGUAAGAAUCUCCUGACUUAGGAGCUAGUUGCUCUGAGACCUGUGACCUCAUUCUUGAUACUAUCAUCGUCUUUAGGUCAGUAUUAAUUCCCACUUCAUAGGUAGGGUGACAUGUGUCCAAGUUUGCCUGUAAGAGUCUUGGAUUUUUAUCUCCAAUCUAAUUGGCAUUAACAGCAGUGCCUCCUCUUACUCUCAGAAAGUCAAGGUUUAGACAGUAAGGUAUAGGGUCAUCCAUAGGGGGUAUAAAAUAUGUUAGAGAAGGAAUUUUCCUAUUCCAACUUUAAAACAGAUCUCGGCAUUUUCUCUUGUUUGAGCUGUAUCUGCCCCUUGCUGUAUUCAAUGUCUUAGUUUUACCUCCUGCCUUCCUAGAUUCAUUGAAACUGAAUUAGCCUUCAAACUCCAUGUAGCUCAAAACUCAAUAUUUGACUUGAUGGAACUAGGGUAUCUGCCAAGUUGACUUUCAUUCUGGUUUCCACUGGCUGUCCUAGUAUAGUGUGUGAAUAAGUCUUCCAGGCGUAAAGAUAAUUAGAUUAUCAAGGGGAAUUUGAUGAAAGAUUUGUACUUUGCAAAGUAGCUAAACAUGUAGUUCCAUAGAAACCAUGCAAAUACAAUUAUUUAUGUAUUGAAUCUCAUAUUUGGACAUGCUGAUGCCUAGGAAACCUAAUUUUCUGCCCAUGAAAUUUCCUAAGAUAUUGCCAAAUUAUAUUCUAAACAAUGUCUUCGAGUCUAGUCAACCAAUGUCCAAGUUUUAAAAAUGUCCAAAAUGUAUGCUGCCCUCAAAGAGACAGGCAGUUUAGUGUGAAGUAUAUGCGCCUCAUAGACAGAUGAAUGUGAUUUCAAAUUGUGCAGUCACUCUUUUUAGUUAUAUGCCUCAGUUUCCUCAUCUGCAAAUAGAAUGUAUGAAAAAUGCCUUUUACAUAAUCAAUUCUUAUAAAAUACCACUGAUACAUUUUUCUGUAAUUAUUUUAUGGAGAUAUUGGAGUAAGUCUGCCUUCCAACAUCUUCUUACCUGUAGUAAUUUUAAAAUAUACUUUAGGGCCACCCCUCUCUUUCUCUCUGUCCUUCCUGCCUAAUUUCAGACUAUCACAGUGUCUUACUUAUACAUAGAAAUGUCAUAGUCCUUUAGACAACCUGUGCCAGAAUUUUCUCAUCACUUAGCAUUCUAAAACCACAAUAUCCCUUAUUUAAAAUCUUUCAGUGGAUACCCAUUUCCUUGAGGAUAAAAACCAAACUCCUGAGCCUGACUUUUGCCUGUCUUUCUUUGUGCAUACUUUAUCUAUCAGUCUUGGUUUUUCAUUCCACAUGCCAGCUCUAUAGAACUACUUGAAGUUACCCAAGUGUACCCUAUCUCCUACCUGGAAUGUUAAUCCUCUCCUUCUGCAUUCAAAUUGUAUUUUGGUUUUAUCUCCUCAAGGCAGCCUUCCUUGGUUACUUCCUGUCUUGAUUCCCUGCUGCUUCCAUGCUCUCCUGUAAAGCAGUGCUUACCCCCACAAUAGUCUGUAAAUGUCUCCCACCUCCGUUUCUGAGGCAGGAGUUAGUCUUCUUUGUACCCAAGCAUUUGGCACAUUAUAAGGGCUCAACAAAUAUAGGCACGUCAAUAACUUCAAGGAAGAAGAAAGGAAUUUUUACUUUAUUUUCCUGGGGAAAUUUGUAUUCUGAAUAAGAAAUAUUAUCAUCAAUGAGAUAACAAGAAAUUAUUAUAAAACUUCAUAACCUAGCACAAGGCCUUGUCCACAGAGACAAUUAAUAAAUAUUUUAGCUUUGAUCCAUUAAUGAAAUAAAUGUCGCUUAUAUAUGUAGAUUAAUAUAUAGUCAAUACAAUAGGAAAAGAGCACUUUUUGUUUUAAUGACUUUAAAUGAAGUUAUUUGCCUCUGAGUGACACCAGUGCUCAGGCAAGAAAUUCUCUCUCCCUGGUUGUCCUGGAAGGAGGGCUGUCAUGGCACUUAGGGAAAGCCAUUCUCUUCCUAACAAAGAAUCACCCUCUCCCUAUCUUGCCAUCACAUGGCCGCCUCUCUGAUGUGGCCGUACUUGAAGUGUAGUGAGCCAGUUACAUUACCCCACAAUGUGUCUGAGUCCCAGGACCCAGAGAGGCUGACUCACUAGAACAGGUAAUUAGGAAGCAGUAGGACAUGAGACAGGAGAGGAAAUCUAAUUUACAGCUCACUGGAGGGCUCUGAAAGAGUGUGCAGUAGAGCUUGGAUGGGAGAUUAAAUUAUCUGUGAGCUCACCUCUCCAAAAUUAUUUGGUCUCCCUCCUUUUCAUUUAGAAAACAUAUGUUGCAAGUGCAAAGAUUUAGCCUUUGCUCGCAAGAGUUGGCAGGUGAGGGCAACUUCUUAAAACCACCUGGAAAGGAUAGAAUUAGCUUUAGGCUAUCUGCUGUUUCAAUAAGAAAAACUACUGCAGAAUUCAGGAAAUGAAAGAGAUUUCCAGCUCUUAGGACCUCUAGCAAAUGUAAUCACAUAUCUAGUUAGGUACAUAUAUCCACAGACGAUAUUCUGGCAAGUCAAGAUAGUAUCUGGCCUUUGUGUUAAUACAAUUUGAAAGGUUACAGGUAUCUUAUGUAGAUACAACUACUUAGGGCCCAGCUGGGGCUCUUUCCUCAUUUCCUGUCAUUCCUAGCUGCUGGAGCCAAGGGGAGAUUUGCAGUGUUAAGUCAAUUGCAGAAGUAGAUUAGAUUUUGCCUUCAUGUUUAUGGACUUAUGUUAGAUGUUUGUUGACAGAAGAAUAGUAGCUCAUGCAGAAAGUAUAAUUAAUUCAUUAAAGAAAUAUUUGUCAAAUGCCUGUUUUAUACUAGAUACUGUUCUGAACACUAAGAGUAAUGUGGUUCAAAAAGCCUAAAUCUUAGGUUUCUAAUCUUAUUUAUAUACCAUGAUAUCUUUCUGAUUUGAUAAAACUUAUUCUAGAGGAGACAUAGUAAACAUAGUUCAACUGACUACUAAAACGGAUAAUAAGUAAGGAAGAACAAAAGAUCAUUUCAGACAUGGAAAGGGCUAUGAAAGAAAAUUAAAAUGGGGAAAUGGGAUAGAGGGUAUAUGUGGGUGGGAGGAUGCUUAACCAGAAUGGUCAGGAAAUCUUCCUUCUGAGGAGGUGGCAUUUGGUAGCAUCAUCCUGAAUGAUGAGCAGGAGAUCAUUCUGUGAAAAUAUGAGGGAGGAGCAUCCCACACAGAUGUGAUAGCAGGUUAGGAAAUUCAGUAGGUGUAUUAGUCCGUUUUCAUGCUGCUGAUAAAGACUUACCCGAGACUGGGUAAUUUAUAAAGAAAAAGAGGUUUAAUGGACUCACAGUUCCUUUGGCUGGGGAGGCCUCACAAUCAUGACGGAAGGUUAAAGGCACAUCUUACAUGGCAGCAGGCAAGAUAGAAUGAGAACCAAGUGAAAGGGGUUUCCCCUUAUAAAACCAUCAGAUCUCAUGAGACUUGUUCACUACCAUGAGAACUGUAUGGGGGAAACUGUCCCCAUGAUUCAGUUAUCUCCCACCGGGUCCCUCCCACAACACCUGGGAAUUAUGGGAGCUACAAUUCGAGAUGAGAUUUGGUUGGGGACACAGCCAAACCAUAUCAGUAGGAAAGAUAAACUGAAGCUAAAUCAUGUAGUACAUGGGAGGCCAUGGUUAGGCAUUUGGAUUUAUACUGAGGGCAAUGGGAGAUUGUGGUAGGGCUGAAGCAGGGGAAUUAUGGGAAAUCACGGGACAAUGCAAAGCAAGAGAAUAAUGGAAAACCACUGGAAGGAAUGAAAGAGAGUAAUCGUGGGAAAUUGUUCAACAGUGAAGCAGGGGAAUGAAGGGAAAGAUGAGAAAUCAUGGUAUAAGGAGGGGAAUGAACUGUGAGGGGUGUACACAUGUGCUGGAAUUGGUUUAAGAGAGUUGAUGCUUGAGAUUUUUAUGUGUGUCCAUUUCUUAAAACUGUUAAAAACUUCCAUGCAUGAAAUCUGCCCCCAAGCAUAGAAUAUUAGAAUCUAGUAGCUGUUCAUGCAGUCACUAUCCUUCACUGCUAUCACCAAAGAGCUCUCUGGGAUUUCUUAGUAAAAGCCUUCUUCUAGUAUUACUAUAAACCUGAAAACUGAGAGGAGGAAAUCAAGAGUUAGAGAAUUCCGACUGCCUUGCCUAUGUUAAUAUAGCCUGCCCUGGAGUUCACCUCUGCUAGAAAUAUUUCUUCCAUCAGUGAAAUUCAACACCACAGGGCAAACCUUCAAAAUACAGUGACUAUUCUCCAUUAAACUACGCUGGUAUUCUGAAAUUCAGAGCAUUCCCAGAGUAGGGCAACCUGGAGUGUGUCCCAGGACCCUAAAUAGAUCAGAACACCAGUUUUAAAAAUGGUUGCAAAAAUGUUGUGCCGUUUUAGAUUGUAUUGGAUCACAUAUUGACAGCACAUGCUUCCCUUCCAAUGGGUAGAGAUGAGCCAUUCAAUUUUGAAGUAGGUUUGAAGGCCAGUUUCCUAUUGCUUUCACUGGUCACCAAAAUUGCUAGUUCCUUCUUUGUUUAGCCUAUUUCAGGAGACUUUUGUUCUUGAAUUCAAUACCCAUAAUCUAUUGUCUAUGGCUCAGCCCACUCCUGUUCUAAACAAUCUGUUUGUCCAGGACUUCUCUUCAUUCUUUCCUUCCUUCCUGCAGCCACUUAACCCUCUCAAUAACCUUGACUCAUUCCACGUAAAACUCUAUGUCUCCUCAAGGCCUAUUACCUUUCAAGGUCUUACUCAUAUUUCCUUCCUGCUCUUUCUAACGGACUAAAGGUAAAACCGUCAAUAUUGAAAGUAAACCUUAAGAAGUAAAAGGAAAAUAUGGAAUAUUUUAGCAAAUGCAAGUAAUAUGUAUCAAUGUGUCCAACUCUUGUCACAUUUGACAUAUUAAUGUUGCUUAAUCUUUGCAUAGGGCUCAAAUAGACAUAAUCAAAUGAGAAUAAAAGGAAAAUAGGAUGCUGUCAUUGUGUCAAAAACCAUGGUUUUCCAAAAUUUCUUUCUCAACAUUUAUGUUUUGAAUCUUAGUUGCUUAUUUGUCAGCAUUAGAAAAGUGCUAUCAUACCCAUUAAUUUCUCAACAUUUUGGAAAAUGCUUUCCAGAAAAUCUAAUUGUCAUUUUAAAUAUUAAUUACACUUUUAUAAUUAUUUGGUCAUAAGCAUACUGCUUUCUGCCAAAGAACAGGGCAAGAGGAGAUUCCUUAAAAGUAGACGAGAAAUAUCAAAACCAAACAGUGCAUUUCUGAGUUAAAGAAUGGGUAACAGUUUGAAAAUAGGCCUUGAAUGAUCUGAGCAUUUCUCAUUGUGUCUUGGAAUUGCAAAGUGUAAAGAAUAUUUUGCUUUAAAAUUUAAGGAGCCAGAUCAAAUGAAAAGAUUAAUAGUGGCCAGAGUGAUUUCAAUGUGGGCCACUUCAUAUUUUGGUUUACUUGACCUGGGCAGGAUGUUUUAAAUUGGAGCAACCCAACCGAUAGGAUAUAAAUAAAUUGAGGACACAUGUUUGAAGUGUGAGACUGAAUACAGAAAUAGUUAUAGAGAAUUGACCUUACUUCCCAUGCAAACCCUUUGAUUUUAUUUGAAAAUUCCCUACUUUUCUAAGGAAGCUAUUGCUUGUCUGUUACACUAUUUUACGUGGGAGGGAUGAGAUAGAUCUUAUGAAUGUUUGAUAAAUAUUUGUUAAAUAAGUGAAUGAAUGAAUGAAUACAUUUCAAAAAGGUAAUUUUAAAAAUUAUUAUAAUAAGCACAUCACUCCUUCAGUUAGAAAAAUGUAAUUUAUUCACCAAUAAAUAGGAAAUACAUUAAAAAAACCAAAGAAAAUUGUUAUGUUGCUUCUCUGUUUUAUUUAACAAAGUAUACAAUCAACAAUAAUCAAAACCAAACGUGCGUAUUCAAAAAAUCUUAACAGAUUGAAAGUGGGGAUUUGUGAUAAUAGCAAAUGUGUGUCUAGUUUAAGAGCCAUGGAGCAGUAUCACUGAUACUAGGUAGAACACUUACUCGGCCACCUGUCACAGAACCAUGCCUUACUGAAGCAGUACUCUGUAAGGACUAAUAGAUGUUAGCAUCCCUUGAAACAUGGCACCUCCUGAAUUGUAAAAAUAUUCUGGACAAUCAGCAAAGGAAAAGAUUAUUUCCUAAUAUACAAAGAAAUUGGAGAUUAAAGGGAAAGUUUCAAUAUUAAGGAUUUUAAGUCCAAAGGAAAUGUUUUCUCUGAGAGUUCUCACAUCCUAAUUGUGUUACUGCUCCCUGCCAAUUCCUUUACUUAUUAUGCAAGGAUAAAGAGGAAAACAUAAACUAUUUCCCCUCAGGUAUGUUAGUAUAGUGGAAAAAGCAUUGAAGCAGGAGUUGUGAAACCUGGUUAUUUCUUAACUGUGGCACUAACUAGCCGUGUGAGUGACCUUAUACAAAUCAUGUUUUUCUCUGGGUUUCACUUCCCUUAUCUACAAAAUGGGGUCACCGGGCUAAAUUAUAUUUAAGGUCCUGAUGAGCUUUCUAUGAUUCCUAUUUCUUGUUUUGUUUUGUUUCUAAAUGCUCAAAUACUACAUUAUUUAAGGUAUAUUUCCUUGUAGGUUUUUUUUCCCCUCUCUGUCUCUUUCUUCAAUAUAUGGGAUGGGAGGAUACUGACUAAGUCUGAGAAGGAGGAGAAAGAAAAUUAGCUACAGGAAGAGUUUAUAUCCCCCUCUACAAGAAGACUUAAAUAUAGCUACCACCGCUUUGAAAGGAAUGGUCUGCGUCCAAACAGCAUUUUCCAGACAAGCUCUGUACUUUUUUGCCAAAAGAAUUAACUUUAAACUGAAGGCAGUGGACAGUUAAACAAGAGUCGGCACUGGGAACAGCUGUGCGUAGACCAGACCAGUGACUUAUAAGGAGGCGAUCGGGAUCGGAUGACCGCAAAUCAUGAGAGCUACCUCCUCAUGGCAAGCACCCAGAAUGAUAUGGAAGACUGGGUGAAGUCUAUCCGCCGAGUCAUAUGGGGACCUUUCGGAGGAGGCAUUUUUGGACAGAAACUGGAGGAUACUGUUCGUUAUGAGAAGCGAUAUGGGAACCGUCUGGCUCCAAUGUUGGUGGAGCAGUGCGUGGACUUUAUCCGACAAAGGGGGCUGAAAGAAGAGGGUCUGUUUCGACUGCCGGGCCAGGCUAAUCUUGUUAAGGAGCUCCAAGAUGCCUUUGAUUGUGGAGAGAAGCCAUCAUUUGACAGCAACACAGAUGUACACACCGUGGCAUCACUUCUUAAGCUGUACCUCCGAGAACUUCCAGAACCAGUUAUUCCUUAUGCAAAGUAUGAAGAUUUUUUGUCAUGUGCCAAACUGCUCAGCAAGGAAGAGGAAGCAGGUGUUAAGGAAUUAGCAAAGCAGGUGAAGAGUUUGCCAGUGGUAAAUUACAACCUCCUCAAGUAUAUUUGCAGGUUCUUGGAUGAAGUACAGUCCUACUCAGGAGUUAACAAAAUGAGUGUGCAGAACUUGGCAACUGUCUUUGGUCCUAAUAUCCUGCGCCCCAAAGUGGAAGAUCCUUUGACUAUCAUGGAGGGCACCGUGGUGGUCCAGCAGUUGAUGUCAGUGAUGAUUAGCAAACAUGAUUGCCUCUUUCCCAAAGAUGCAGAACUACAAAGCAAGCCCCAAGAUGGAGUGAGCAACAACAAUGAAAUUCAGAAGAAAGCCACCAUGGGGCAGUUACAGAACAAGGAGAACAAUAACACCAAGGAGAGCCCUAGUAAGCAGUGCUCCUGGGACAAGUCUGAGUCACCCCAGAGAAGCAGCAUGGACAAUGGAUCCCCCACAGCUCUAUCAGGCAGCAAAACCAACAGCCCAAGGAACAGUGUUCACAAGCUAGAUGUGUCUAGAAGCCCCCCUCUCAUGGUCAAAAAGAACCCAGCCUUUAAUAAGGGUAGUGGGAUAGUUACCAAUGGGUCCUUCAGCAGCAGUAAUGCAGAAGGUCUUGAGAAAACCCAAACCACCCCCAAUGGGAGCCUACAGGCCAGAAGGACCUCUUCACUGAAGGGAUCUGGUACCAAAAUGGGCACGCACAGUGUACAGAAUGGAACAGUGCGCAUGGGCAUCUUGAACAGCGACACACUCGGGAACCCUGCAAAUGUUCGAAACAUGAGCUGGCUGCCAAAUGGCUAUGUGACCCUGAGGGAUAACAAGCAGAAAGAACAAGCUGGAGAGUUAGGCCAGCACAACAGACUGUCCACCUAUGAUAAUGUCCAUCAACAGUUCUCCAUGAUGAACCUUGAUGACAAGCAGAGCAUCGACAGUGCUACCUGGUCCACUUCCUCCUGUGAAAUCUCCCUCCCUGAGAACUCCAACUCCUGUCGCUCUUCUACCACCACCUGCCCAGAGCAAGACUUUUAUGGGGGGAACUUUGAGGACCCUGUUUUGGAUGGGCCCCCACAGGACGACCUUUCCCACCCCAGGGACUAUGAAAGCAAAAGUGACCAUAGGAGUGUGGGAGGUCGAAGUAGUCGUGCCACCAGCAGCAGUGACAACAGUGAGACAUUUGUGGGCAACAGCAGCAGCAACCACAGUGCACUGCACAGUUUAGUUUCCAGCCUGAAACAGGAAAUGACCAAACAGAAGAUAGAGUAUGAGUCCAGGAUAAAGAGCUUAGAACAGCGAAACUUGACUUUGGAAACAGAAAUGAUGAGCCUCCAUGAUGAACUGGAUCAGGAGAGGAAAAAGUUCACAAUGAUAGAAAUAAAAAUGCGAAAUGCCGAGCGAGCAAAAGAAGAUGCCGAGAAAAGAAAUGACAUGCUACAGAAAGAAAUGGAGCAGUUUUUUUCCACGUUUGGAGAACUGACAGUGGAACCCAGGAGAACCGAGAGAGGAAACACAAUAUGGAUCCAGUGAGCCUGCUUUCUCCUGCUAUCUCUGAUGGCUCUGGCAAGGACUCCCAGGAUUCUGGUGGGAUAUGACUUAGAACCAGGUGGCUGGUCACCUGGAUGUACAGAAGUCUAAGUGGUGAAGGAAUAUCAUUUAUAGACAUUAACCAUCCAUAUCUGCAAUGUGUACCAAAGUUAUAUCAUGCCCCAUAAUGCUACUGUCAAGUGUUACAACUGGAUAUGUGUAUAUAGAGUAGUUUUUCAAAAGUAAACUAAAAAUGAGAAGCAUAUUUCAAGAAUUAUUUUAUUGCAAGUCUUGUAUUUAAAAUGUUAAAUCAAUAUGUUGUUGCAAUUUAGCUUGCUUUCAAGCUUCACCCCUUGCACUUAACAUAAGCUAUUUUUGGCAUUGUGUUGUCAUCGGCUUAUUUUAUAGAUCAAUAUUUUUAUUUCCAUUUUUGCUGAGGAAAUGAAGAUAAGCAAAAAUAUAAAUAUAUAUAUAAAUAUAUGAGUUAUUAAAAUCAGAAGAAUACUUUGUGGCUGUGCUGUUUGUGCCAAUAGACUUUGUCAUGACCAAAAAGAGAAAUGUAAAUAGUUUUAUAAAAUACAAUCGAAUCACCAGGAA